AUGAGUCCUUUGAACAAAAAACGUUUAGAUUCCACAUGUCUACAAAUAAAAACACCACUAUCAAAAGAUUCGAAGAUAAUUGUUGGAUAUUUUCCUGGUUAUUACUCUCAAUACACUCAAUACACUCAAUAUGCUUCAUCAUCUUCCGAAAGUUAUUAUGAUUACAUUAGUCCAACAUUUGGUCCAGAUGACGUUUCAAAUAAAAAUAUACCUCCAACAUCAGUACAUGUUUUUUUAAAUAAAACAGUAGCUUAUAGGGAUACAAAUAACAUUCCGGUCAAGAUAUUUCUAGCGAUCGUUUUAUCGGGAAACAUCAAUAUCAAUUCUAAUCCAUCAUUUGCAAAUGGAACUUCCAGUGACCGAGCCGCAUUUAUUACUAAUGUUGUAAACUUCGUACGCAAUUAUAAAUUGGACGGUGUUGAUCUUGAAUAUCCGAACAGGUUUAAUUGCGGAAAGUGGCUAAAUGAUAAAAAUUUUGUCCCAUUAGUAGAUGAAUUAUCAGCUGCAUUAAAAGAAAUUAAUAAAGAAUUAUCAAUAACAGUUGGUCCUAUUCCAAUAACUGGGUUGAAUUCUGAUUCAGUUAGUUUUGUGAAUGUCAUGGCAACUCAACUCAAUGUAAUCAAUAGCUUAACCACACCUACCAAUAACACCGGACCAAGCAUCACACUUAAUCAGACAUCAACAAUAAUGAGUAAUUGGAGCAAGAUUAUAAAACCGGCAAAACUCAACUUAGGUGUAGACUUCUAUGGAAUUGUUGAAUUAACUGCUCCAGUUGAUCUGGGCAGUCUUGACAAUAACCAAAUUAUUCCACGUAACUUAACAAAACUACCAUUAGACACUUCUUAUAGUAGUGAUCCCUCUAUUUAUCUUUUUUAUGAUAAAUGUUCAUUUACAUUGGAUAUGUCUAUUCAAUUAUAUCCAUGGUAUUUUAUGAGACUGGAAACUGGACCACUGAUAAAUACUUGUACAGCUGGAAAUGGUUGGGCUCGUAAAUUUGAUUCUGAUACAAGUACCACAUAUCUUUACAAAGUUAAUUCAGACUCACUUGUCGUGGGUUCCUAUGAAUAUUAUUACGUCUCUUAUGAAGAUCCUCAAUCUAUUCAAUAUAAACUGAAAUUAAUUGCGGAUAGUUCAUAUGGUGGUAUAGCCAUUUUAGAUCUUUAUGCAGAUAGUAAUGAUAAGGAAAUGUUAAGUGUUAUAACCUCAGCCUUUCCAGCUUUUAAUAAUAAUAUUACAGAUCCUUCUAAUAAUAGUUCAUCAGGACUUUCAACUGUUGAAAUCAUUUUAAUCAUUGUACUAGUCUUUGCCAGCCUC